GGGGUUUUCGUAAGGCCCAUAAAAAUGCAGCCACUAAUGGAGUACGCCCGACUCAAAAAAGAAACGAGAAGAGGAGAGAUGUUAGUCUUCAGCCCAAACAGCCUGAGGAUGUAGGGGCUGGGAUGGGGGGAGAGGGGAGAUUCACCAGCUCCCGAUACCUCAUUUUAACCCCAUCGCACCCAGCUUCCUCUUUCGUUAGCUUCUCGAUUCCGGGGAAGAACUGACAGAGAAAAGACCCAGCUAACUGAAGUGGGACAAAAUCUCAGCCUUGGGUUUAGGGGACAAUUGUGCAAACCUGCAUGCCCCAGCUUCAUUUCGGGAGCGAGCAAGCUGAAUGAGAGAAACCCACCCACCACCUCCUUCCCCUCGGGGAGACGGAGAGAUGAACAUCUCGGCGGAAACAGCUAGGGAUAUUUUGGGGGAUUUUUUUUUGGUGGGGGGGGGGGGAAGAGAGAGUAAUGUGAGCGACGUAAUUCUGGCUUUAAUGGUUACUGAUCAGAAUCUAGCCUGACCAAAAGCUUGGCACUGAGGCCCUCUAAAUCUGAGGGGAUUGAAAGUGAGGUCUUAGAAAAGAAAGGAAGAUGUGUGAGUCCUAGGGAGAGAAGAGGGUGGAUAUUAAACUGCUUGUAGAACUAAGGAGGUUUCUGCUUUCGAAGAGGUGAAAUUAAGUGAAAUCUCCAUCCCCGCCCACUCUUCCCACCCCGGCUCCUGAAGAGUUUGUUGAAGGAGGGGCGGGCUUGGCCAGGACAGAUUGAAGGGACCAGAAAGGAGAUGACAGCUGGACAGGGGGACGUGUAAGGGGAAGGAGGAAGAAAGUGAGGAAAAAGUGACCCUGGGAAAGGGGGAUGGGACUUCCGAAGGGAGGUAGUAGCUGGAAGCUGAAGGGGGGAAGCAGCUGGGAGUUGAGCUAGGGAAGGGAAGGUGCAUUAUCAGAUUGUAGGGAAAUUGGGAGUAAUUAAUCUUCUGGAAUUGAAAGCACGGGACGCCCCUAAGGCAACAGGACCCUUCACCAAGCUGAUUGGAGGCCAAGCGCCUUCCCCACCCACUGCCCUGCUUCCCUGGCCCCAGGACCCAGAUAAAAAGGUCUGGACCGGCUUCGCUCUUCCACCAUCUGGACUCGGGGUCCUGCAGAAGCUAUUCCAGACAAGCGUGGGAGGGAAGAGCGAAACCAUGACCGGCCGAGAUGCGAGUUCAGAUGGCAAAACCAAGGGCAAGGCGUUGGUGCCCAUUGGCCCGGGACAUGAGAAGGCUUCCCUCAGUCUACGAUCCAAAGGCUUCGCCAUCAAUGACUUGCUGGGCUUAGAGGCAGAGUUGCAGCCUCCCAAUGGCCCUGGGGCUGGCUCGGGAUGCCAGGUCUCCUCUGGGGCUGGACUGGGGCCAGGUCCUGGGGCUGGAGCUGGAAUCGGGGGGACCUCUUUGCCCGGGGGCUCCUUGCCCUUAGGUCUGGGCUUCUUCUGUGGCUUUGCAGCGCAGCAGCCCCCGGCCGGUGGGACCCCCUGUCUACUGCUCACGGACAUCCCCUUCCUGCAAUCCCGGGGAGCGGACCCCCAUCAACAUCACGAGCAUCACCAGCGAUACCUGCUGGGCUCCGAGAAGCCCAAGGAAAGCAUUUCGGAUGAAGACAGUCUGUCUGAAGACAAAAAUGAACUGAAGACACCCACAUCACAUAUUAAAAGGAAAAAGCGGCGGCAUAGGACAGUUUUCACUGCUCACCAAUUGGAAGAAUUGGAAAAGGCUUUUAAUGAGGCACAUUAUCCAGAUGUGUAUGCCAGGGAAAUGUUAGCUCUAAAAACUGAGCUUCCAGAAGACAGGAUACAGGUCUGGUUUCAAAAUAGAAGAGCCAAAUGGAGGAAGAGGGAAAAAUGUUGGGGUAGGAGCAGUGUCAUGGCAGAAUAUGGUCUUUAUGGUGCCAUGGUGAGACAUUCCAUACCACUUCCUGAAUCAAUCAUCAACUCUGCCAAGAGUGGGUUGGUGGGCUCCUGUGCUCCAUGGUUACUUGGGAUGCACAAAAAAUCCAUGGAUGUGACAAGGAAAUCAGAAGGUGAAGAAAAAGUAUCAGAAAACUGGGGUUAUGAUCACUCAGAGGAAGACUUGAAGUCAAAGCAUGGAGAGCCCCAGCUGAGCUCUGAAAAAGUCAAUCUCCUGGACAGCUCAGAAGACAUUGCUAUUGAUCUCUCCAGGACAGCAAAACAGGAGAAGAAAGCACACUGAAGGCCUUGGAUACUAGGAUCACAUAAGUAAAGAAUGCAUCAAUAAGAAAAGCAUUGGACAAUGGGAAUGAGAAAUGAGAACCUCAGAAGGAAAAUAACUUCCUGUGGGCCUUCCCAAGGCACUUGGGGACAUGUGCCUAACUAGCACUAGAAUUUUUCAGAUGUUAAAAAUUGCCCAAGAUGAAUUAUAUUGAUUUAUUCUUGUUUCUAUUUAUGGAGUCAGGAUCAGCUAUGUUAAUAAAAUUUUCAUUUUAAGCUUCAAAGCUGCUAAGGACAAAUUAGUAAUUUAGAAAAACCUCCAAUUAGUUUUAGAAUGGAGAGUUCAGUAAAAGCACUUGAGCUGAUUAAAAUGGAGGAAGAUUUCCCUUGAUUUUUGGAGAACUGGUGGCAAGAGGUGGUACAGGGAUUCUCAGGCAUUUUACUGAUAGGGGCACUUAACUCAAUUGAAGACAUUGUAUGUGAAGAGGUUUGCUUCAAAAUACCCAUUCUGAACCUUUAAAGAAGUAUAGAUCUUUAAAUGAAGACAAAAUCGACACAGCCUUAUUAACUACAGGAAACUUCCUCCAUUUUUAAUAUAAAUAUGACUUCAGACCAUAUUUUUAUUUCCUUUGCUGAUAUGCAAUAAUUUUGUAAACUUCUGAAAGGGAUUUGACAUAACAGAAUUUAGACAAUUCCAACUUGUAUAAAAUCAGCCAUAUUUUCCACUUCCCUUUUCUCCUGAAAGUAGACUAUUUUGUGAAAUGGCAUAGGAAAUAUUUUAAAUUCUUUAAUAUCUGUAAAGUCGUAUUAUAAGAUAAGGCCUGUUCUUGGCCUUAUUAUAUUUAUGUUUAAAAGCACUUUAGUUAUUUGGAAUUUCUGAAUAUUCCCUUUUCCUCCAUUUUGUUUAUCAUUUAUUUAUUAUGUACACAUAAAUAAACAUUAUGU